CAGGGCUUGGAAAAAGAAAAACCGCCCUUGCCGAGUGAGGAGCGCGGUCAACGGGCUGGAAUCUGCAGAAGACACGCCUCCAUCCCUCACGCCCCUCGGGGCUGCGGAAGUACUCUGGAGACUCCAGAGGCACGGAGGCGACAGGUGGACUACCGUUCCCAGAAGGCGGCGCGACCCCGCGCCUACAGCUCCCGGCAGCUUCUGCGCACCAGGCCUUUUUCAGCUUGCUGCCGCCUAGGGCGAAACUACAGUUCCCAGGAGGCGUCGCGCGAAGCGGCUUGGAAGUGGGCAGCCUGGAAGUCACUCGGGCCACAGGAGCUGGCGGCGUCUCCAGCAAGCGGCGCGGAUCUGGAUACCGUGGUCGUGGGGCCCGCUGGGCGGGCAGCCGGGACGCCCAGAUGCACAGUAUUUGACCUUGGCUCUCCCGGGACCCUCAAGGAGCACUAGUGUCCAGAACGUACUAAGCAUGGCAGGGAAGGCACCCCCGCAGCCCGCCAGCCCUCGCGCACACCUGCUGCUUGCUGUGCCCCGCUGAGCCACUCAGUCUGGAGGCCCCGGGACAGCGCCUGCCUCGUGAGGUUGUCCUGGCUCAGUUGUCCACAGCGAUGGUGGACAACUGGACUCCACAGGCUCACAACCUUCCCGACAGGCUUCAGAGGCCAGAAUCCUUCAUCCUGGGACUGGUGGCCCUGAACAAUGGCUGAGGGCCAGGGGACCCCAUAAAGUUAGUCUACAGCUUUCAGGGGCCAGUAGCUCUCCAGUGCCCGUGGACUAUGACCACCUAUCGGCCCAUUCCCAAUGAUGGUGUGGACCUGGCCGUCAGCUGUGGGACCAGGGCAGCCGAUGUCCUCCCCAGCCCGCACACAGGGGACUACGCUCCCAUGGGAUUCUGGGUCCAGAACGGCAGCAUGCCCCAGCCUGUGGGUGAGAGCCCGGCCAGUGCCACCACCCGCCCCAGUCCCACCACCCCCGCGGUGCCCAAGAUGGGCGUGCGGGCCAGAGUGGCUGACUGGCCGCCCAAGCGGGAGGCCCUGAGAGAACAGAACAACCCCAGCCCCUCACAGGACACAGAUGGCACAAAGGCCACAAAGGUGGCCCAUUCCAUGAGAAGCACACAGAACGGACAGCCCCCCGCCAGCACCCCGGCUUCCUCAGGGUCCAAAGCCUUGCACCGACUCUCCAGGAGAAGGUCUAAGGAUGUGGAGUUCCAGGACGGGUGGCCUCGGUCCCCCGGCAGGGCCUUCCUCCCGCUGCGGCACCGUAGCAGCAGCGAGAUCACCCUCAGUGAGUGCGACCUGGAGGACGCGGCGGAGCCCCGGGGCGCCCGGCACACGGGGGCACUGCCGCUCUUCCGUGAGUAUGGGAGCACGUCCUCCAUCGACGUGCAGGGCGUGCCCGAGCAGAGCUUCUUCGACAUCCUCAAUGAGUUCCGCAGCGAGCAGCCCGAGGCCCGGGGUGCCCCUAGCCUCACUGAGCUCCUGCGGGCCGAUCCCGGCCCACACGUCGCGGGGGGUGGCAGUGGAGCCAAGGGGGACGCCCGCAACGGGCAGCCCGCCAAGGACGGCCUGCUGCCACUGCAGCCCAUGAAGGAGAAGGAGAAGGCCCGGAAGAAGCCCGCGUGGGGCCUGGGCGGCGGGGACGCGGUGGACUCGUCCAUCUUCCGGAAGCUGCGGAGCAGUAAAACCGAGGGCGAAGCGGCCCGGUGCCCCGGGGAGGCCGAGGAUGGCCGGAGCCCCCUGGAGGCCGGCAGGCCGUGGGUCUGCCAGAAGAGCUUCGCCCAUUUCGACGUGCAGAGCAUGCUGUUCGACCUCAACGAGGCGGCCGCCAACCGGGCGUCCACAGCCCAGCGGCGGAACACGACCACCGGGGCCUCGGCCGCCUCGGCCAUGACGUCCCUCACGGUGUCGCGGGCCCACAGCCUCGGCGGCCUGGACCCCGCCUUCACCAGCACGGAGGACUUGAACUGCAAGGAGAACCUGGAGCAGGACCUCGGCGACGACAACAGCAACGACCUGCUGCUCAGCUGCCCGCAUUUCCGCAACGAGAUCGGCGGUGAGUGCGAGCGCAACGUGAGCUUCUCCCGGGCGGCCGCAGGCUCCACGGGUGGCAGCGGUGGGGGCGGCGGAGAGGGCCGCCCGCCGGAGCCCGCCCUGAGCGCCUACCGCACCAACGCCAGCAUCUCGGUGCUGGAGGUGCCCAAGGAACAGCAGAGGACGCAGAGUCGCCCACGGCAGUACAGCAUCGAGCACGUGGACCUGGGCGCCCGCUACUACCAGGACUACUUCGUGGGCAAAGAGCAUGCCAAUUACUUUGGCGUGGACGAGAAGCUGGGACCAGUAGCCGUGAGCAUCAAGCGGGAGAAGCUGGAGGACCACAAGGACCACGGGCCUCAGUACCAGUACAGGAUCAUCUUCCGGACCCGCGAGCUCACCACCCUGCGUGGCUCCAUCCUGGAGGACGCCACACCCACAGCUAUGAAGCAUGGGACAGGGCGGGGCCUGCCCCUGAAGGACGCCCUGGAGUAUGUCAUCCCCGAGCUCAACAUCCACUGCCUGCGGCUGGCUCUCAACACUCCCAAGGUGACGGAGCAGCUGCUGAAGCUCGACGAGCAAGGGCUCUGCCGGAAACACAAAGUGGGCAUCCUCUACUGCAAGGCCGGCCAGAGCUCGGAGGAGGAGAUGUACAACAACGAGGAGGCCGGGCCGGCCUUUGAGGAGUUCCUCUCCCUCAUCGGAGAGAAGGUCUGCCUGAAGGGCUUCACCAAGUACGCCGCCCAGCUGGACGUCAAGACUGACUCCACGGGAACCCACUCCCUCUACACGACGUACCAGGACUAUGAGAUCAUGUUCCACGUCUCCACCCUGCUCCCUUAUACCCCCAACAACAGGCAGCAGCUACUAAGGAAGAGGCACAUAGGAAACGACAUCGUGACGAUCAUCUUCCAGGAGCCCGGGGCGCUGCCUUUCACCCCCAAGAACAUCCGCUCCCACUUUCAGCACGUCUUCAUCAUUGUCCGAGUCCACAAGCCCUGCACUGAUAGCGUCUGCUACAGUAUGGCUGUGACCCGAUCCAAAGAUGCUCCUCCUUUUGGACCCCCCAUCCCCAGUGGAACCACAUUCCGCAAAUCUGAUGUCUUCAGAGACUUCUUGCUGGCCAAGGUGAUUAAUGCUGAGAAUGCUGCGCACAAGUCCGACAAGUUCCACACCAUGGCCACCAGGACCCGCCAGGAGUACCUCAAGGACCUGGCUGAAAACUGUGUCUCCAACACACCCAUUGACUCCACCGGCAAGUUCAACCUCAUCUCCCUGACCUCCAAGAAGAAGGAGAAGACAAAAGCCCGGGCAGGCGCUGAGCAGCACAGUGCCGGGGCCAUCGCCUGGAGGGUGGCGGCUGAGGACUUCGCCCAGGGGGUAGAAAUCGACUGCAUUUUGGGAAUUUCCAACGAGUUUGUGGUGCUUCUGGAUCUACGUACCAAGGAGGUGGUGUUCAACUGCUACUGUGGGGAUGUCAUCGGCUGGACCCCAGACUCCUCGACACUCAAAAUCUUCUAUGGGCGAGGGGACCACAUCUUCCUAAAGGCCUCUGAGGGUUCUGUGGAGGACAUAAGGGAAAUUGUCCAGAGGCUGAAGGUGAUGACCAAUGGCUGGGAGACGGUGGACAUGACCCUGCGGCGGAACGGGCUCGGGCAGCUGGGCUUCCACGUGAAGUACGACGGGACCGUGGCCGAGGUGGAGGACUACGGGUUUGCCUGGCAGGCCGGCCUCCGGCAGGGCAGCCGCCUGGUGGAGAUCUGCAAGGUGGCCGUGGUCACGCUGACCCACGACCAGAUGAUCGACCUGCUGCGCACCUCCGUCACCGUCAAGGUGGUCAUCAUCCCGCCUUUCGACGACGGCACGCCCCGGAGGGGGUGGCCAGAGACCUACGACAUGAAUACCUCGGAGCCCAAGACGGAGCUGGAGAGCCUGGUCGCGGGGGGCCGGCCCCCCUACCGCAGCAACGCUCCCUGGCAGUGGAGCGGGCCCGCGUCCCACAACUCUCUCCCAGCCUCCAAGUGGGCCACUCCCACCACCCCCGGGCACGCCCAGUCCCUGAGCCGGACCCCGAAGCAGACCCCGAUGGUCCCCUUCCGGGAGUCCCAGCCCCUGCACAGCAAGAGGCCCGUCAGCUUCCCAGAAACCCCUUACACAGCAUCACCAGCAGGGGUCGACAAAGUCCCUCCCUACCGACAGCCUUCUGGGAGCUUCUCCACCCCCGGCUCAGCCACCUACGCAAGAUACAAGCCAUCCCCAGAAAGGUACACAGCUGCCCCACACCCACUGCUGUCUUUUGAUCCCCACUUCAGCCACGAUGGGACGUCCAGCGGCGAGUCCUCUUCAGGCGGCCUGACCAGCCAGGAGAGCACCAUGGAGCGUCAGAAGCCAGAGCCUUUGUGGCACGUGCCCGCCCAGGCCCGGCUCUCGGCCAUGGCUGGAAGCAGCACGAGCAAGCACACCUCCAGGCAGGACACAGCAGGCAAAGAUUCCCCCAACAGGCAUUCCAAGGGAGAGCCUCAGUACUCCAGUCAUUCCAGCAGCAAUACCCUCUCCAGCAAUGCAUCCAGCAGCCACAGUGACGAUCGCUGGUUCGACCCCCUGGACCCACUGGAGCCAGAGCAAGACCCUCUCUCCAAGGGCGGCUCCAGUGACAGUGGCAUUGACACUACCCUCUACACCUCUAGCCCCAGCUGCUUGUCCCUGGCCAAGACAUCUCGGCCGGCCAAGCCACACAAGCCCCCAGGAAGUAUGGGCCUCUGUGGAGGCGGGCGCGAGGCUGCCGGGCGGUCCCACCAUACAGACCGGCGUCGGGAGGUCUCGCCCGCCCCUGGGGUCACUGGCCAGAACAAGGGCUACCGACCGAAGCUGUACUCCUCAGGCUCCAGCACCCCUACAGGCCUGGCUGGGGGCAGCCGCGACCCACCGAGGCAGUCCAGCGACAUGAGCUCGAGGGCCGGCUACCCCACUCAGGUUCACAAGACGGCCAGCACAGAGACCCCACGGCCCUCUCAGCUGGCCCAGCCCAGCGCCUUCCAGCUCUCCGCCUCCGUCCCCAAGUCCUUCUUCUCCAAGCAGCCCGUGCGCAACAAGCACCCAACGGGGUGGAAGAGAACAGACGAGCCCCCGCCACGGCCGCUCCCCUUCACCGACCCAAAGAAGCAGGUGGACAGCAACACCAAAAACGUCUUCGGGCAGCCGCGGUUGAGGGCCUCCCUCCGAGACCUCCGCUCUCCCCGGAAGAACUACAAGUCCACCAUCGAGGACGACCUGAAGAAACUCAUCAUCAUGGACAACCUGGCACCCGAGCAGGAGAGAGACGCCAGACAGUCGCCACAGAAGAGCCUGCAGCGGACACUGUCGGACGAGAGCCUGUGCAGCGGGCGUCGGGAGCCCAGCUUUGCCAACCCUGCCGGCCUGGAGCCGGGCCUGCCCAGCGACGUGCUCUUCACCAGCACCUGCGCCUUCCCCUCCAGCACGCUGCCCGCCCGCCGCCAGCACCAGCACGCCCACCCGCCCGGCGGCCCCACCGCCGUCCCUGCCACCGGCAACGGCUUCCCGGAGAAGAAAUCCACCAUCUCAGCCUCCGAGCUCUCACUGGCCGAUGGGCGGGACCGGCCCCUGCGGCGCCUGGACCCAGGGAUGAUGCCGCUGCCCGACACGGCUGCUGGCCUUGAGUGGUCCAGCCUCGUAAACGCAGCCAAGGCAUAUGAAGUGCAAAGAGCCGUCUCGCUCUUCUCUCUCAACGACCCGGCUCUGAGCCCGGACAUCCCGCCAGCGCACAGUCCUGUCCACAGCCACCUGAGCCUGGAGAGGGGGCCCCCAACCCCCAGGACUACCCCUACCAUGAGUGAGGAGCCACCCCUGGAUCUGACAGGCAAGGUGUACCAACUGGAAGUGAUGCUGAAACAGCUGCACACAGACCUCCAGAAGGAGAAGCAGGACAAGGCCGUGCUGCAGUCGGAGGUGGCAAGCCUGAGGCAGAACAACCAGCGGUUGCAGGAGGAGUCCCAGGCCGCCAGCGAGCAGCUACGCAAGUUCGCCGAGAUCUUCUGCAGGGAAAAGAAGGAACUCUGAGGUGGAGAGGCUGCCACCCCCCCCACUCCGCCUGGGCAGACCAGGGGCUCCUGCUCUCCUCUCCUUCAGCCCGGCUUCUGGUUGCUGGUGUGACCGGGCUAUGCAGCCAGGACCCCACCGCCCUCCCGUGGACACAGACACUCGGGGUGGCAGUGGGACCUGAGGGAGGCCUCUUGGGGCUGUGAGCUGGCGUCCGCUCCUGGCCCUCGAGCCCCAGAGGGCGACGUGGUCUCUGGCCUUCCUCUGAGCCGCCAUCUGAGGUUCCUGGGGGCUGGGCCACGCCCACACUGCCCCCAGGGUCCCAUCCUGCCAUCCGCAUCCAGCCUCUUCCUAGGACCAAGCCAUUGGAAGCUGUAGGAAGGGGGUGGAGGGCAGGAGUGAGUCUCCAAACCCCACAGCUCCAGGAAUCCCCAAACCAGGUUUCUUCACCACGUACAGCAGCGUCUGGGCUUAUGGGGCCAAGACCCCUGCCUGAGAAAUCACGGCGGGAAACCAGCUAGCUCUCCCCUCACGCCCAGAGAGGUGCAGGCCGGCGUGGAAGCGGGCCAGGGCUCUUGGUCCCUGGUGCACUGGCUCCAGAAAGCAUGGACAUUGCCCCCUCCCUACCCUGUCCUCCAAAAAGCAACCAGGAGCACUUUCUUAGAGUUUCAUUUAUUUUCUUGGGGGGUCCCAGGGUGGAGCGAGGAAACCCCAGCAUCCAGAGUUAACUUCUUUGAGGGGGAAGGUAUUUGCACGCUUGGGACCAUUUCUCCAAUCUUUGUCUACCAGUCCCUUGACUGCCAGAGGCCACGGCACCUGGGCCCCUCUGCCUGCGAGCUGCUGACCCGGCCAGGCCCAGCGUCGGAGCCGGCACAGCCCACCCCUCCUCCUCCCCAGCUGCGUCAGCCCCGGCCCCUCCCGGGCACCAGGAGGGGCUCCACGGAGCCGUCAGGUCCGGGCCAGAGGGAGGCAGCCUCCCUCUCCUCUCCACUUUCGUUUCCCUUUGCAAAGCCCCUCGGCCCAUCUCGUAGGCCCGCAGUAGCAGCAGCAACGUCGUUGUCGGACACCAGUCACUGUGCUCCCCGGGGAGCGCCUUGCUGUGCGAACCCCACAAGACGCUGGUUCUCUCAAGGCAAUAAGGGGCAGCCGGCCAGGCAGCCGGGCCGGUGUGGUACUACGCUGUUCACCCAGGAAACAGUUUCUUUUCUUCCUUUAAAAACAAACAAACAAACAAAAA